AGAGAGAGAGAGAUCAACGGCUUUAAUUCGAAUUUCUCUCCGCCCUCGUCCCCAUAAACCUCUUCAUGACCCUCUCAUUAAGGCUUUGACCUUUGUGCUUGAAUUCAGCUCGCCCUCUUCUUGUUCUUGUUCGCCUCCUCCUCCUCCUCGAAGGUUAAAGCUUAUAUUCAAUUUACUGCCAUGACAUCUGGGAAUAAUUAUUUUGAUGAUAUGAGAAUUAAGCCCGAGGUUGUUGAUCCUCCUAAAGUUGAUGACUUGAUGGAAAUCAGUGAAAAUGUGAAUGAACAUGCUCAACACACACCAAAACCAAAUUUAACUGUUGCUAGCAGUGUCCGCGAACUUCUUGAAUGUCCUGUGUGCUUAAGUGCCAUGUACCCUCCAAUACAUCAGUGUUCAAACGGUCACACAAUAUGUUCAGUAUGCAAGCCUAGAGUGCAUAAUCGAUGCCCCACUUGUAGACAUGAACUGGGAAACAUAAGGUGUCUUGCUUUGGAAAAAGUCGCCGCUUCUCUUGAAUUACCUUGCAAGUAUCACACAUUAGGUUGUUCGGGUAUAUACCCCUACUACUGCAAGCUGAAGCAUGAAUCACAGUGCACAUUUAGACCUUACAACUGUCCGUAUGCUGGUUCCGAGUGCACGGUUGUUGGUGACAUUCCUUUUUUGGUGAACCACCUGAAAGAUGAUCACAAAGUUGAUAUGCACAAUGGAAGCACUUUCAACCACCGGUAUGUCAAAUCGAAUCCUCAUGAAGUUGAAAACGCGACCUGGAUGCUAACGGUUUUCAGUUGCUUCGGACAAUACUUCUGCUUGCAUUUUGAGGCAUUUCAGCUCGGCAUGGCACCUGUAUACAUAGCCUUCUUACGCUUCAUGGGUGAUGACACUGAGGCGAAGAACUACAGCUACAGCCUUGAAGUCGGAGCCAAUGGCCGGAAGAUGAUCUGGCAAGGGGUACCUCGCAGCAUAAGGGACGGGCAUAGGAAGGUGCGUGACAGUUACGACGGCCUUGUCAUCCAACGAAACAUGGCGCUCUUCUUCUCUGGCGGUGAUAGGAAGGAGUUGAAGCUCAGAGUGACAGGGAGGAUUUGGAAGGAACAGUAAGUCAUCAGAUGUAGUUUCUGUCAGUCCUGGUCAUGUAUUUUUGGAUGGCUUUAAAAAGCAAACUCUCUUUGCUGAUUA